GUAUCUGGUUUUGCCUUCCUGCAACAAAAGUGCAGCCUGAAAGGGAGAUGGAAGAACGAGCUGGGCUCCAACAUGACUGUGAAGGCUGUGGACGGAUCGGGACUCUUCACGGGCUCCUACUUCACUGCUGUGAGCACUCAGCAGGGGGCACACAUCAAGGAGUCUGCUCUUUCCGGACAGGUGCAGCUGAAACACCCUGUGUUCGGAUUCCUCGUUAAGUGGAGUUUUGUGGAGUCGGUGACAUCCUGGGUCGGGCAGUGUUUUGUGAGCCAGACCGGGGAGGAGCGCCUGGAGACCACGUGGCUGCUGAGGGGGAAGGCAAAGACCGAGGGCGACGACUGGUCGCAGACCCGGGUUGGCAAAGAUGUGUUUACUCGGCUCCCCUGAGAUCUCUUACUGGAAAAUCAAGCUUAAUUUUCGCUACAGACUGCUGCUCCUCUGCCAGUCCUGUGUCUCCUGUCCUCCAGUCCGGCAGCGCCAUGGCCAUCAAGCCUUCAACGGGACACGUCUGUCAGCUUAUAGAGCCGAACCACCUUUGAACCGUUGAAUGUCACAUGAAAAUUACUGAUCAACCCAAAAGUCUUUAUAUUAACCCUUCAGUCCUCUCCUGCCCCAGAGUUCAUAGCGACAGGGCCUUAACCUAAAACCUAAUCCUAACCCUUCAGACCUCUUCAUAUUCAUAGUUCAUAUUGUUAGGGCUAACUUAACCUCAUUUAACCUUAUUUUAAUCCUAAUUUUAACCCUAACCUUAACCAUCAGAACAUAAACUGUGAGGGUUUCAGUCGUUGGAAGGACAGUGCAGCCCUCUUUGUCCCAGGUGGUCCCCUUUUGCAGAAAAUUUGAAAAAAGAGCUCUAUUCCCCUAUCCUACCCUUAAACUUAGCCCUACAGUCAACUGCAGAGCCCGUGAUCCAGGGUCAUCAUCAGUCAGCAUCGAAGUAUCUUUGCAAUAUCUGCAGUCUAGUUUCCUCCAAAAGAAAAGUUUGAAAAGAGUGAGACGAGAAAUCCUUACCUUUCAGAGCUGGUUCAUCUCUGUUACACGCAGGGAUUAAACCUGGAAAAGCCAGAGAGCAGGGGAAGACAGUCUUCCACUUCAGUCCAACAGCUUCAGCUGACCCUUUAAGUUACAAUGAGGCCUUAUAACAUUCGGAGAAAUGUCCAUUCAGACAUCUUUAGCAAGCCAAGACUUGUCUUUCUGUGCUUUCCUGUUUCCAUUGCUAUAGCAGCAAUAAAUAUGCAACAUGCAAAA